GGCCUGCUCGGCUGCGGGUUCGGGCCUGGCUGUGGGAUGUUAGCUGUGGGGGCGAUGGAGGGCCCCCGGCAGAGCGCGUUCCUGCUUAGCAGUCCGCCCCUGGCCGCCCUGCACAGCAUGGCCGAGAUGAAGACCCCGCUGUACCCCGCCGCCUACCCCCCGCUGCCCACCGGGCCCCCUUCUUCCUCCUCGUCCUCCUCGUCCUCGUCGCCCUCCCCGCCUUUGGGCUCCCACAAUCCAGGCGGCUUGAAGCCCCCGGCCGCGGGGGGCCUCUCGUCCCUGAACAGCCCCCCGCAGCAGCUCUCGGCCGCCACCCCGCACGGCAUCAACGACAUUCUGAGCCGGCCCUCCAUGCCGGUGGCCUCGGGGGCCGCCCUCCCUUCCGCCUCGCCCUCGGGGUCCUCUUCCUCCACCUCCUCGUCCGCCUCAGCCACCUCGGCCUCUGCGGCCGCAGCCGCUGCUGCUGCGGCCGCUGCCGCCGCCGCCUCUUCGCCCGCCGGGCUACUGGCCGGCCUGCCCCGUUUCAGCAGCCUGAGCCCGCCGCCGCCACCGCCCGGGCUCUACUUCAGCCCCAGCGCUGCGGCCGUGGCCGCCGUGGGCCGGUACCCCAAGCCCCUGGCCGAGCUGCCCGGCAGGACGCCCAUCUUCUGGCCCGGGGUGAUGCAGAGCCCGCCUUGGAGGGACGCACGCCUGGCCUGUACCCCGCAUCAGGGAUCCAUUUUGUUGGACAAAGAUGGGAAGAGAAAACACACCAGACCCACGUUCUCUGGCCAACAGAUCUUCGCUCUGGAGAAGACCUUCGAACAAACGAAGUACCUGGCAGGGCCAGAGAGAGCUCGCUUGGCCUAUUCUUUGGGGAUGACAGAGAGUCAGGUCAAGGUCUGGUUCCAGAACCGCCGGACCAAGUGGAGGAAGAAGCACGCAGCCGAGAUGGCCACGGCCAAGAAGAAGCAGGACUCGGAGACCGAGCGGCUCAAGGGGACUUCGGAGAACGAGGAGGACGACGACGAUUACAACAAGCCUCUGGACCCGAACUCUGAUGACGAGAAAAUCACGCAGCUGCUAAAAAAGCACAAGUCGAGCAGCGGCGGCCUCCUGCUGCACGCGUCGGAAGCCGAGGGCUCGUCCUGAGCGCCGCCCGCAGCGCCGGGAUCCCAGACCGCGCCGCUCAGCCGGUCCGGCCCGGGCCCCAACACCCCGGCUGCUCCCCGGGUCUUUACUAUUUUCUAAGAUGUACAUAUCUAUUUUUUUAACCUAGAAAUUGUGGCGGGGGCUGAGGGUAGGACGGCCGUUGAUGAGAAGGAAGGGAGCCCGCCGAGUGUACUGCGCAAAAAAACCGGCAGCCGAACCCGCAACCCCACGGCUUCCCAGGACCCUUCCCACCCGCGACUUCAGCGUCGCCUCCCCUCCCCCCGCCCCCAUCCAGGCUCGAUCCCUGGCUCGGCGGUCCCUGAGCUCCGGGUCGUGUUUCUGAAGAGUCAACAGCCAACGCCUGGUGCGAAUCUCGGAGCCACGCAGGGAGUCCGUCUCCUAGGGAAAAAGAGACGCUCCUGCGGCCCACAACUGCUCAACCCACUAAGUAACCUGUUGAAGGCUCUAUGUAAAUAAAUCGUGAGUCACACUGACUAGAAGUUACUUUAUUGUGAAUAUUUAAAAUGUAAAGUGCUUUUUGGAAUUUGGUAUAAAGAGAUGGACCUUUCCUCCCGUUGGUUUUAAGACCUAACACACCACUUGGCCUGCUUUCAUUUUAACUUGGGAAUCGUAGGGAAAAAAUGUCGUUGCCCUCCUCAGACACCUCCCUACUCACUUCUCUUAGGGCUCUGGAUCUUUCCGAACGGCUUUUCUCCUUCACCGAUUCUGUCGCUGACCUGGCAGACCUCCCUGGGCCCCAGGGCAGCCCCAAGUCCCCCCCCCCCACGCCCCGCCCCAGGACUUAAAAUUGCAGAACCCGCAGGCUUCUCACACCAGCUUCUGGGUUCCCUUCCGAAAUUGCACAGUCGUUUGUUGCUAUUUAUUAGUGAUUUAAAGAAAAUAUUGGGGAGGGAGGGGCUACAAUAUCUUGUAUUUAAUUUAACUCCUUUCUGAUAAAAAAUGCAUAAAAGUAGAUGUUGGAAAUUGUUGCAAGCUCUCUGGGUCAGAACAUGAAAAUUCCAUUUAGUUGCUGCAAUCCAAUCCGAAGUGUUUUGUAUUAUAAGAAUACUAUAGAAUGUGUAAAUUGUUUUCUUUUUAAGCUAAUAACAGUGACAUAUUAGCCUCUUUAACAUUUAUUAAUUUAUACGGAAUUCGGUUUGUAAAGAAAAGGCAGCCCCUUUGCGAGACCCAUGAAAUGUAAUGCACUU